AUGCCUCAAACACAACCUGUAGGACCAAGAGCACCCAAAGAUGACUUCAUGAAAGCUCUUGGUCUGAGCACCACGGAUCCCCGACAUGAAGGAUAUUACCGAGCCAUGCGGGAAGAGGCAAUCACCGUCUACAACGGACUGAAUGCCGAUCGAUCCAGUCUGAUAGACGAAAAGCGUACCGACAAGUCAACAUCACCUCCAUUCUUUUGGCACCAUAUUCGUCAAGAGCGUCGUCGCCAAGCGAUCAUCGACACCUGGCAGCAUGCAAAACCCGGAACGAUUCAGCGGACCCUAUUCGAUCGAGGCGCCACGACAGGUGAACAUGCUCCGAACUGGGUGACCCUAUGGCUGUUAUACAGUGUCUUCCGAUCGAGAGAUAUUCGCAACAAUCGCAAUCGUAGAGCUGGGGAAGGUAGUAGCGGUGGAAGUCAAUCAUCAGGUGGCUCAGAUUCAGCAAUCUUCGAUCCAGCUCGAGACAAGUAUGUACGCCGCUGA